AUGACCGCCUGCGUAGAGACCGCCGCCGCUCCCCACCGCGCCGCAGCCGCGCCACGGAGCCGCAAGAGGAUGCGCGUCGCCAUGGGCACCACCGACGACUACGAGGAGACUUGCCGCCUCGGCGAGGGGGCCUUCGGCGCCGUCGUCAAGGCGCGCCACCGCGCCACCGGCCGGGCCGUCGCCAUGAAGUACCUCGGCGGGCCCGUCGGCGGCCACGCGGCGGCGUCGCUGCUGCGGGAGGCGCGCUUCCUCGAGGCGUGCGCCGCGAACCCGUUCGUCGUCGGCUCCCGCGGCCUCGCCCGCGACCCGGCCACCGCGGAGCUCUGCCUGGUCAUGGAGUGCGGCGGCGCGAGCCUCGGCGCCCUGCUGCGCCCCAACGGGAGCCCGACGCCGCUGCCCGAGGCCACGGUGCGCGCCACCAUGCGGCAGCUGCUCAAGGGCGCCAAGAGGAUGCACGACGCCCACGUCGUCCACCGCGACAUCAAGCCGGAGAACAUCCUCGUCAGCGACGACGGCGCCGUCAGGUUCUGCGACUUCGGGCUGGCCGUGCACAUGGCCGAGCGGCCACCGUACGAGCGGGCCGGCACGCUGUGGUACAUGGCGCCCGAGGUGCUGCUGGACAAGCCCGACUACGACGCGCUCGUCGACACCUGGUCGCUCGGCUGCGUCAUGGCGGAGCUCAUCGACGGGAGGGUGCUGUUCGAGGAACACGACUCUGAAGACCAGCUCUGCGCCAUCUUUGGCCUGCUCGGCAUGCCAAACGACACGACAUGGCCGUGGUUCUCGUCCACGCCGUUCGGCGCCCAGAUCCCGGAACUGGAGAGGCAGCGGCGCAAGUGCAACCUCCUAGGCUGCAAGUUCCCCGAGUCGAAGCUGUCCAAGGAAGGAUUCGAUGUCCUCAGUGGCCUCCUCACGUGCAACCCUGACAAGCGGCUCACGGCAGCUGCCGCGCUUAAGCUACCAUGGUUUCGCCGAGAUGGACGAGCUGCAGCAGCUGGCCAAGAAAGAUGA